GGAGCAGAUCCUCUUUGCCAGUUGCAAUCGCGCCUCCAUUGCAAUAAAGCUAAAGUUUUUGUCAUUUGCUUUACAAAUUUUUCAAUAGUUUUUCACAGCAAAAAGUCUAGUUUCAAGUUUGCUAAAUUUCUUUAAUUCACCGACCAUCAACGAGUUUUAGCAGUUGCCCUUCGUUUUCGGCAGUUUCUGGGAAGCAAAAGUAAAGCAAUUCAAGAAAAUCCUGACGAGAUUACCUCCAAGUGCCUGCAAAGUUUCUGCAAUCGAAAGAUUUUCCUUUGUUCCGAUUUUCUUUAACUACGCCCUCCACGCCAGUUGUGAAGUUUUUUUGAAUCCAGUUUUGUUCUUAGCCAAUCCUUUUGCAACUAAAUUCAAGUUUUUCAAGAUUUUAUUGGGAGGUUAUUUCAUAAGUGUUUUGUGCGUGUGUGUGCAUUCCUUUUAUCCAAAAAUUUUUGAAUACUGUCUCGUCCGUGUUCCAGAAUGAUCCCUGCAAGUAAUGAGCCUGGGCCUGAUGUGAAUAUGUGACUUUACGAAAUUUUUCCUUGUAUUUAACUCCAAUAUUUUCCGUUUUCGAUUUUAUUUGUCCUUUUUCGGCAUCAAAUUUUUUUCUACAUAAUUUCUGAAAAGGACUCGAUUUGAUCCAAGCACGGGAGAAUCAUUCGCAACCAUUGCAACAGGUAUGUAUACACGCGGGGGGAGCGAUAAUCUGGGGGCAGGACACUGUAUUGAUUUUUCGCUUGGAAGCUUGUUGGGUUGGCGUUUCUCUAAGGAUAACAACGCAACGAGUUUCCACAUGGGUGGAAAUCCCGUUUUCUGUUCAGUUGGGAAGAGUUAAUUCUCAUUUGAUUGAUUUGUUUUUGAAAUUGGGCGUGUUGUGCUCAAUGAGUGCUAAUGAGAUUUUGUGAUAAGUGGAUCCAGCAGGCAUGGAGUCGUGCUAGUCGAGUGGAGACGAUGACGAUUCUUCUGAGGGAGACGUAAGGAUAAUUACAAUAGAACCCAUUCGCUAGCUAUGGCAGAGGUAGCCAUGUACAACGCGUACUCAGAAGAUCAAAUGCCGGAGGUGCUAACUUAUUCAGGUUUGGCGGAAGCCGAACCUGAUUUAUCUACCUUUGAGAACAAAUCGGGGCUUGCAGAGGAUAUGAAGUUUCUGGCGUCUAUGCCAGAGCUAUGUGAUGUUACUUUCCUAGUUGGUGAUACACGUGAACCAGUUUGCGCCGUCAAGGCAGUGCUUGCAGCACGUUCAAGGGUCUUCGCGAAGUUAUUGUACCAGCAACCAUCUCCUCAGCGUAAACGCGAUGCGUCUACACGUGAGAAUAAGCUUCGUCUUUUCUUGAAGAGGUCCUCAGAACCUUUGUUGAAUUUACAGAAUGCAGCCCAACAGAGGAGUGGGUUCAGCCAACAAUUGGCGCCAAUUCCAGAGCCUUCUGGACAACAGCAUCAAACUUUGAUAAUCGAAGAGUUUGAGCCAGAUGUCUUCAGGCAAUUGAUCGAAUAUAUACAUACCGGAUGUGUGACUUUGCAGCCUCGGACCCUUUUAGGAGUCAUGAACGCUGCAGAUUACUAUGGUUUGGAGGAGCUCCGCCGCUCUUGCGCUGGAUUCGUGCAAUGUUGUAUCAACGUGGAUACCGUAUGUGCUCUCCUGGCAUCCGCUGAACGCUACAUCCAAUACAAGUGCACUAAGAGCUUGGUCCAGAAAGUGCUGGAAUUUGUCGAUGAACACGGAAAUGAAGUUUUGAACUUGGGAAGUUUCACUUUACUUCCCCAACAUGUUGUCCGUCUUAUUUUGGCAAGGGAAGAGCUUCGAGCCGACGAGUUUACCAAAUUUCAAGCAGCUCUCAUGUGGAGCAAGAAGUACUUCGAUAAUAAUCCGAAUGUUGAUUUGAAGGAAAUUUUGGGAAACUUUUUGGAAUACAUCCAGUUCCAUAAAAUACCUGCAAAUGUCCUGAUGAGGGAGAUCCAUCCAUUGGGUUUGGUACCAUAUUCGAUCAUAAUGAACGCAUUGGCUUAUCAGGCAGACCCAGCAAGCGUCGACCCCGGAAAAUUGUCCCCAAAUUCAAGUCGAGUAAGGCGUGCACGUCAGUCGCAGGGUCGUUCAAUGUCUGUGCAAAGCUCGUUGGAUCCAUAUGGUUCGAAUACAACAUUAAGUUCGAGCGGUAGUAGCGAUCCGACUAGUGGCCCACAUCAUAGCAACUAACAAAGGCUAAACGGCCCCUCUUCCUCUCAUUCCAAAA